ACCAACAUAGAUACAAACAGAGAGAGAUGAGCAAAGGAGAGUUGGAGGUGUUGCUGGUUGAUGCCAAGGGACUGGCAGGAGCUGACGUUAUAGGGAAGAUAGAUCCUUAUGUGGUGAUUCAGUACAGGGAUCAAGAGCGCAAGAGCAGAAUUGCUCGAAAUCAAGGAAGGAACCCUAUCUGGAAUCAGACGUUAAAGUUCCCAGUGUACUCCUCAGCAAUCAACAAUCCCAUUCAACACAAGCUCACACUCAGAAUCAUGGACUAUGACACCGUCACAGCUGACGACUUCAUUGGACACGCAACGAUUCAUGUGGGGGAAGUGAUUGCUUCGGGGAUGGAGAAGGGGAUUGCAGAACUACCACCAACCAAGUACAGGGUUGUCCUCGAAGAUAAGCGUUAUCAUGGUGCGAUACGAGUUGGUGUCACGUUUAGAACGAUGGUGGAAGAAGAUUGAAGCAGAAGGGCUUUGGGCCGAUGGAGAUGCGACCUAUAGGAUUAGGGAUGUAGAUUAUGUUGUUGUUCUUAGGAUCAUUCUUUGUAGAAACAUGCACUCUGUAAUCAAGAGUUUAUUAACCUAUUAGUUGGAUUGUUGUCUGUAAAAAGCAAUUAGCACUCUGUAAUCAAAAUCAAACCAGCAUGUUUAUCUGAUUUAAUGGAUGUCUUU